UCAAGCAUCCAAGCUUUCCUCUCCCCUCGGGGACGAAUAAUGAGAUCGACGCCACCGCCAUGUCCGUUCCCCAACCCAAACCCUAACCCCGAUGCGUCUCCCCCACUGGCGCCGAUGACCCAGCGCGCGCCGCCGCUCCGUCACCACCCGCCGCACCUCCUCCUCGCCGAGGCCGUUGCCUCCUGGCAUCCCUUUCACAAGAAGCCCUGCCUCUCCAACCGCUCCACCGCUCCCGCCUCCGCCCACCUCCCUGACGCGGAGGCCCCGACCCCUGCCCCCUCGGGGGGCGGCAGCGGCGGAUCCUUCCAGUGGCUCGGGCUCCGCAAGCGCCGGCGCCGCGGCGCGGGCUCGCGGUCGGUGUCCGGCCGCAGCAGCGACCGCCGGAGAUCUGGCACGUGCUCCGACUUCCAUUUUACGUGCGGCGCCGGUGGUGGCGGCGCCACUGACUCCAGCGGGGAGAUGUGGGCGUCGGAUGUCGGGGAGGUGCGGAUGAGGGAUGUGCCGAUGGCGACGGAGUUCGGCCUGGCGCCCGUUGGUGGGGCUGGUGCGGGCGCUGGUGGGGUCAGCGCGGCAGCGGAGGCGGCCCCGGCCGAUUCUGGGUAUGGGAGCGAGCCUGGGUACCGGGGCGACGUGGAGCUUGGGUACGGGGAUGAAAUCGACGAGGAAGAGGAGGAUGGGAGGCAACAAAUGUUCUGGGGCGCGGUGAUCGGAGAUAUGAAGAAAAUGAAAAUCGUUGGUGACAGUAAUUUUGGGGAGCAGAAGAGCCAUCACCGCUGCAGGCGCAAGAAGCAUGAUGUGAGGAUGUUGGAUCCCUUGAGGUGAAGAGUUACAAUAUGUGGGUAAUGCAUCUAUGCUACCAGCGGCAGUUCUUGAGAUCAAAUUCCGUGCUUCUUUGUUGCAGUAUGCACUGAUAAAGCAGCCCGACUAGUUACUGAUGUAGCGGGACAUGUACAGUUAUUUCCCUACUGUCUGUAGUUUCUAUGCGUUUACAUUUUCUGAGGAUGUUCCUGAACAAUUAUGUAUGCGCGAAGCACAUUCCAAGUUCUUGAUCGUUGGUACCCUUGCUGUCGUGCUGUGACUGCUGGUUUGGCGUUUUUCCAUUCCAGUAUAUCAUUGUGAAUUGGGGGUUUUCAACAUCAGUUAGAUGUUGUGGUCAAAACUGCCAUUCGUAUGAGUGUAUGCGAAUUGUUUGUACUAUUCUCUUUUUGAUGCGAAUUAAUGUGUAUGCCAAUUGUUUGUACUA